AUGCGGACCCGUCGCUGCCCUUUCAGCGGCCAGUCGCCGCCCUUUCAGCGGCCCGUCGCCGCCCUUUCAGCGGCCUCGUCGCCGCCCUUCCGCGGCCCCGUCCCCACUCAGCCGCCCAGCGCCAGAGCCGCCGAGCCGCCCAGCCGCCGAGCUGCCAAGCCGCCGAGCAGCCGAGCCACCGAGCAGGCGAGCCGCCGAGCAGCCGAGCCGCCGAGCAGCCGAGCCGCCCUGCAGCCGAGCUGCCUGACCGCCGAGCCGCCCUGCAGCCGAGCCGCCCGACCGCCGAGCCGCCCAGCAGCCAAGCCGCCGAGCCGCACCGCAGCCGAGGCGCUGCCGCCUGUCGGCCUGCCCGGGACCGCCCCACUUGCCUGUCGGUCGGCGCUGCGUCUGCCCCGAGCGGGAGACGCCGCACCGGCAAGGGCAAGGGGGGCAAGGGCGCUGGAGGGACUGGCGGGGGCGGUGGAGGUGGUGGUGGAGGCAGUGGAGGGAGUGGGGGUGGUGGUGGGAGUGGUGCCGGGGGUGGCGGCAGCGGCGGCAGCAGUGGAGGCGGCGGAGGGGGCGGUGGUGGCGGACGGAGCGGAGGUGGCGGAGGUGGAGGAGGAGGCGGAGGUGGAGGAGGCGGUGGAGGCGGCGGCGGCGGCGGCGGCGGCGGCGGUGGUGGAGUGGGUCGCGACUCUGCGCAGAGGAGUGGCUCAGCGCGGUGGGGGUUUUGGUCCCUGCACUUACGUCCUCCGUACCGGUGACCGAGCUGGUGAGCAGUGCGGGGGCCCGCACUCCACCCAGCGCUGCUUCGGUCGCCUGACGGACGCAUGGCGUCGCCAGUUCCCUGAGGCGUCAGAGAUCCCUCGCUGGGGAGAUCUGUCUAGGGCGGGGGUUGCCGUCUUUGAUCUUGACUAUGAUGCUAUCCUUGCUACCAUGUAUUCUGUGACUACUAGUGUUGAGGGUGAUUGUUACCUGUGUGUACCGCCUGACCCGAGCAUUGAGGCCACUGUUCUAGGUGCUGGUGAGGCUGGUGCUCUAGGUGCUAGUGCGUCUGCUGCCCCAGGUGCCAGUGCGUCUGCUGUCCUAGGUGCCAGUGCGUCUGCUGCCCCAGGUGCUGGUGAGUCUGCUCUCUCAGGUACUACGUCGGCUCAGGCCUUCCACACCUUCACCCUUGACUCGGGUGCGUCCCGCUCCUUCUUUCAAGACCGCACCACUCUUACGCCGCUCAGUCGGCCGGUUGCAGUCUCCCUGGCAGAUCCCUCUGGGGGUCCUGUCCUUGCUAGCUUCUCCACUGUCUUACCGUGCCCGGCAGCCCCCUCUGGCACCCUGUCAGGUCUCUACCUCCCCUCGUUCUCUACGAACUUGGUGUGUCCCAGGUAG